CAUCAUUGUAUAUAAUCAUUCUACACCACACCGAUAAGAGUCGGUUGUGUCUAUAGUAAUUUCGCGAUAAUAAAAGCGCUUACCAAAAAGGGAAUGUACGUAAUUUGAUUCGUUGCGUAAUUUCAACUGGAAAACGAUAAUCCGUUUUAAUAAACAAAAUCAGCGUUACGUAAUAAAUUGAACGCGAUACAAAGUAAGUGCAGAUAUUGUAACUAAGAAUACAUUGAAAUAUAAUAUUUUAGUAUAUUGUUACAAGGUCGAUUUCCGCGUCACGAUGGCAUUUGCUGGAAAAGUUGUGUUAAUAACAGGAGCUAGCUCUGGUAUCGGUGCUGCAACAGCUGUUCAUUUUGCCCAACUUGGGGCGUCGUUAUUGUUAACAGGUCGUAAUUUGGAGAAUUUAAAUGCAGUUGCUGAAAAAUGUAAACCUAACAAACCGUUUAUUGUAACUGGAGAAAUAACUAAUGAAACCGAUGUUAAAAAUAUCAUUGAAUCCACCAUUAAACACUAUGGUAGAUUAGAUGUUUUGGUUAAUAAUGCCGGUGUAUUGGAAAGUGGAAGUAUAGAAAAUACUUCAUUAGACCAAUAUGAUAGGGUAUUCAAUGUAAACGUACGUUCCAUAUACAAUUUAACAAUGUUGGCUGUUCCACAUAUAGUGAAGACUAAAGGUAAUAUUGUAAACGUGUCAAGCGUUUGCGGAAUAAGAGCGUUUCCAGGUGUUCUGUCAUAUUGUAUGAGUAAAUCAGCUAUCGAUCAAUUUACAAAAUGCGUUGCCCUCGAGCUUGCGCCAAAACAAGUUCGAGUAAACGCUGUAAAUCCUGGUGUUACAGUUACAAAUCUUCAUAAGAAUAGCGGUAUGACGGACGAGCAAUUGAAGAAAUUUUUCGAGCACAGUAAAGAAACUCAUGCGCUCGGCAGACCAGGAGAUGUUACAGAAGUCGCGAAGGCAAUUGCAUUUCUGGCAAGCGACGAUGCUAGUUUUAUUACAGGUGAAACUUUACCUGUCGACGGAGGAAGACACGCUAUGUGUCCUCGUUAACUUACAUUUCACUUAUCACAAACAAAUUUAAAUAUCUGUACACUUUUUAUACAAUUUCUGAGAUGUUAUAUUUUUAUAAAAGAACACGAUAUAUCUUAAAUGUAA